AUGCGCUUGAUCAGCGUGGAGAAGCUUAGCGAGAUACAAAAUGAUGCCGCGCGUAUCAGGAACAUUUGCAUCCUGGCACACGUGGACCAUGGCAAGACCACCCUGGCGGACUCCCUCGUCGCAAGCAAUGGCAUUAUAUCUGGCAAGCUGGCUGGGAAGCUCAGAUACCUGGACAGCCGGCCGGACGAGCAAGUGCGCGGGAUCACAAUGAAGUCCAGCUCGAUAACGCUCCAUCACAUGUACAGCAGGAUGGACCAUGUGGUGAAUCUAAUCGACUCUCCAGGCCACGUGGAUUUCUCCUCCGAGGUUUCCACAGCAGUCAGACUAUCGGAUGGUGCCGUCAUCCUAGUCGACGUAGUAGAGGGGGUGUGCCCGCAGACCCGAAGCGCCCUGUCGAUUGCCUACGUCGAGGAUUUGAAACCUAUCUUGGUACUUAACAAGGUCGACCGACUGAUCACAGAGAUGAAACUGACACCGUUGGACGCCUACGUACGCUUGACGCAGGUCCUGGAGCAGGUGAAUGCCAUCAUGGGCGAGCUGUUUGCGAGCGACGUGAUGGAGCGCGAGGAAAUCGCUGUACAUUCCGCGUCGGACAAGAUAAACGAGAGGGAUCUGGCCGAAUGGCAGUCCGUGUUAGAGGAGAUCGACGACUCGAACCUGUACUUCUCGCCCGAGCAGGGAAACGUUCUCUUCACCAGCGCGAUCGACGGCUGGGGAUUCGGUAUUAGGGAGUUUGCCAAGAUCUACUCGGACAAAUUGGGAUUCAGUGAGAAGGUUCUGCGCAAAACGUUGUGGGGAGAUUUUUACAUAAACAGCAAGACUAAGAGGAUCAUGAAAGGGGCUCAGGAGAAGGCGAAAAAGCCGCUUUUUGUGCAAUUAAUUCUGGAUAAUAUCUGGGCGCUAUACGAAACCAUAGUGAUACGAAAAGACAAGGAUAAAUUGCCGACUAUAGCCGAGAAAUUGAAUAUUAAAUUGACGACACGCGACUUGAGGCACACGGAUCCGAAGGCGCAGCUGCAGGCCGUCUGCACGCAGUGGCUUCCCCUGGCACAGAAUUGCCUCGACAUGGUAUGCGAGAAGGUCCCGUCGCCGCACAAUUUGACUGGCGAGAAGAUCGAGCGACUAAUCAGCGGGAACAACGACUUUUCCGCCUUACCUUUGGAAACGCAGCGACUGAAGGGAGCGUUUUUGUCGUGCGAUCCGUCGUCGGAGGCGCCGAUCAUCGUGUUUGUAUCGAAGAUGUUUCCCGUAGAGAGGGACAUGCUGCCGGAGAACAGGCCGAAGUCAUUGACACCGGAGGAAUUGGCACAGAGAAGAGAAAUCGUUCGACAGAAGCACGCGGAACGACUGGUGCAAAAAACUACUGCUAUUGAGAAUCACGAGAAGGACACGCGCGAAACUAUAGUCUGCAAUAACGUCGAGAACAACGCGAGACACGAAGACGAGGAUAUAACCGAGGAUAAUUCACUAGACGGCACGUUAGUGGCCUUCGCGAGGGUAUACUCGGGAACUAUAAAGAUCGGAGAUGAGGUAUUUGUUUUAGGGCCGAAGCACAAUCCCACCGUCGCUCUGGAACACGAGAGAGCGGGCGAACAGGUGGAUCCGGCUCUCGUGCUUAAGGAUUUGAAGCCUGGUAGACACAUUACGAGGGUGACGAUAGGUAAACUGUACAUUCUCAUGGGAAGAGAGCUUGAGGUCGUGAGUCAGGUGCCGGCGGGUAACGUUUUCGGCAUCGGCAACUUGGAGGAGCACGUUUUAAAAACCGCGACUCUCUCGACGACGAUCGCUUGUCCCUCAUUUACGGAGCUAACUUCCCUCGCAGUUCCCAUACUAAGAGUGGCUCUGGAGCCGAGACAUCCCAACGACCUGCCAAAACUAAUCAACGGCUUGAAACUGUUGAAUCAGGCGGACGCCUGUGCCAUCGUUCACAUACAGGAGACCGGAGAGAUCGUUUUGAGCACCGCUGGUGAGGUUCAUCUCGAGAGAUGCUUGGAGGAUCUCAAGUUGAGAUACGCGAAAAUCGACAUUAAUGUGUCCGAUCCGAUUGUACCGUUUCGCGAGACCAUAGUGCCACCACCAAAACUCGACAUGGUGAACGAGGCGAUCGAGAAGAAGGCGGCGGAAGUCAAUCCCGAAGUCUGGACAUCGAAUCGGCAGUGUUGCUUCGAGAUAGACGCAAAGCCUCUCCCGGAAAAUGUAACAAAAUUAUUGGAAAAAAAUGCAAAUCUGAUAAAGUUUUUGGAUAGUUGCUGCGACAGGUAUACAGAGGCGACACAGGAGAACGGGAAACACGAGGACACUUCUGAAGGCCAAUUCAAUGACAACCAGAUUAACGAGAGAUCCAUAUCCGAUAAAAAGCAAAAGGAGGCGAAGACUUUUAAGAAUGAAUUGGGAACAGCUUUUCUCGAAGCGGGAUGGAAGGAUAACGUGCUGGAUAACAUAUGGUCUUUUGGUCCACGAAAAUGCGGACCAAACAUCCUACUGAAUGAGACUGACUACAGACAAAAGAAGUUCUGGGAGCAGCAAAGCAUGAAUGCUGAUUUCCGAGCAGCAUAUGAUAACAGUAUUGUUAAUGGAUUUCAACUUGCCACUCUGGCCGGUCCCUUAUGCGAGGAGCCUAUGAUGGGUGUUUGUUUCGUGUUGAAAAAAUGGGAAAUUUUUGAGACCUCACAAAGCGAUUCUGGUGGUCAGAGCCAUGGACAUUUGGGCGGUCAAUUAAUGUCGGCGUGUAAAGAGGCGUGUCGACGAAUCUUCAGUUUGCGACACCCCCGACUGAUGACGGCGAUGUACAGCUGUAGCGUUUUAGUCAACUCCGAUGUUCUUGGGAGAUUGUACGCUGUGUUCGGCAAAAGACAAGGCCGCAUCGUAUCUACGGAGAGUGCACACGGCUUCGGUGGACAAUUCAGAGUAUUGGCCACCCUACCGGUUCUAGAGAGCUUCCAUCUCGCAAGAGAACUGCGGACGCAAACGUCCGGAUUGGCUAAUCCACAACUAGUUUUUAGUCACUGGGAGGCAAUUGAACAAGAUCCUUAUUGGGUGCCAUCCACGGAGGAGGAAUACCUCCAUUUCGGUGAAAAGGCGGACAGCGAUAAUCGAGCUAAGUGCUACAUGGAUGCAGUUCGUCGAAGAAAAGGCCUUCCGGUGGACUCCCAAUUAGUUACUCAUGGUGAAAAACAACGUACUCUGUCAAAAAAGAAGUGAUGCGAAAAUUAUCGUUAAUGCGAAUCCUUUAAAAAGCCGUGUUUACUACGUUUAUUCUUGUCGUAGAUAUAAUCUUUCGUCCAUUAAAUCUGUGAAAUUGUAAAUUAAUGUGAAUGUAUAAACAAGAAUAUUUGUUUCUUUCUGCGUUAUAUGUUAUAUAAAAUAUAAGAUUAUAAUGUUGAUUGAUCAA